GGCUCGAGCGCUACGUCAGCACUGUCCACGAAACAUGGCGGUGCCCAUAGGAAAGCGACUUGUGGCAAAAUCUUACCUAUUGAUAUCAGUAUUAUUUAUAACGUUAAAAAGUAUCGGGUGUGAUGACAUUGCAGCAGGGGCUUCGACGUCAGACCCAGAAGCACCCCACAGACGUUUUGAAUACAAAUACAGCUUCAAAGGACCGCAUUUGUCCCUAACCGAUGGCAGCAUUCCGUUUUGGAUACACAGUGGGAAUGCUAUUCCCAGUGCGGACCAGGUGCGGAUCACCCCCUCGCUGAGGAGCCAGAAGGGCUCCGUGUGGAGCAAGAACAUGGUCCUGUUUGAGAGCUGGGAGGCGGUGGUGACCUUCCGUGUCUCGGGCAGAGGACGGAUGGGAGCCGACGGACUGGGGAUAUGGUUCACCUCGCAACAAGGCCUGGACGGCCCCGUGUACGGAGCGGCCGACAAGUGGAACGGGAUCGGAAUCUUCUUUGACUCGUUUGACAACGACGGAAAGAAAAACAACCCCGCUAUUGUCGUUGUGGGAAACAAUGGUAAACUUGUUUAUGACCACCAAAAUGAUGGCACAACCCAGGCUCUAGGAACAUGCUUAAGAGACUUCCGGAACAAACCUUAUCCCAUCCGAGCCAAGAUCACCUACUACAAGAAGUCGCUGACGGUGAUGAUCAACAACGGCUUCACCCCAGACAAGGACGACUAUGAGUUCUGCACCAAGAUGGACAACAUUGUCAUCCCUAAGGAGGGCUUCUUUGGGAUCUCGGCGGCCACCGGUGGUCUAGCAGAUGACCAUGAUGUUUUGUCCUUUUUAUUAUUCAGACUAACGGAACCUGGACAGCAAAAGCCCCCAACCGAGGCGGCGAUCCCCAAAGAGGAGAAGGACAAGUACCAGGAGGAAUUUGAGAACUUCCAGCAGGAUCUCGACAAGAAGAAAGAGGAGUUCCAGAAGGAGCACCCGGACGUCCAAGGGGAGCCCAUCGAGGAGCAGUACGAGAGCGUGAACGACCGGGAGAUCCGGCAGGUGUUCGAGGGGCAGAACCGCAUCCACCUGGAGAUCAAGCAGCUCCACCGGCAGCUGGCCAUGAUCCUGGACGAGCAGCGCCGCUACGUCUCCGUCAUCACCGACGAGGUCGCCAAGAAGGGCAUCAACGCAGAGUCCGGACAGCCAGAUGCUGGCAGUCCCCAGAUGAGCUCGGUCAUCGCCACCCAACAGGAAGUGCUGAAAAACCUCAACGACCUACGGCUUUCCUUCCAGGAGUCCCUGAAGCAAGUGGGCUCGGUCCAGCACCAGGGCAACGCCGCGGGCCUCGGGACGUACGAGACGGUGCAGCACUUCAACGAAAUCAAGGAACACCUGCACUCUGUCAAGAGGGACGUGGAUCACUUGGUGCAGCGCAGCCCGCCGAACCCUGCAGAGAAGAUGUUGAAAUGUCCAGACUUCCCCCCGAUUCCGCCCUGUCUGUCCACGCUCCACUUCGUCGUCUUCGUGGUCAUCCAGUCCGUCCUGUUCUUCUGCUACAUCAUGUACAAAAGUCAACAGGAAGCAGCAGCCAAGAAGUUCUUUUGAUGAGACGGCAGGAAAUUGAGAAGAUGUCCAUAUUGUCCAUGAUUUUUUUAGUUAAUAUAAUUUGUGUUUGAAAUUGUAAAUAAUUAUACUUGAAGAAAAUACUUUUGUUUUGAGAAUUCUUUUCCCUUUUUUAAAUUGCAGUUUUAAUUUGAUGAUACAACCUGUGUAUUAAUUCCCGCUCAAAGUGUUCCACCAUUUCAAAAAUUUCCAAAAUAAUUUAACGUUACAUGCAGUGUUUUUCCAGUUGAUUUUCCUCGGCUUUUGUCUCAUUCAAUGAAUUCAUGGCUCUAGGUUACGAUAAAAGUGUUCAAUUUAAAAUAUUAUGUUUGGAUCGAUGCUACGAUGCUAAAACUCCAACAACCGUAACAUAAUGUGUAGCAAUGCUGAAUGAGUGGUUGUGUUGUCUUCUCAAGCUGUUUUAUAUAAAUAGAGGAAAACAAAAACA